AUGUACGAUUAUAACAUUGUCAUUGAUAGGGACAUCGACUUUUUAAGAGGAAAAAUCUUGAGGUUAUAUUUAGCUUUGAUAGUUAAAGGUCAAGAUACUGCCAGUCAAGAAAUUAAUGUGACUUGUGAAGUACAGCAAUUAUUAGAAAAUAACCGAGUUAGAGUUGUAGCUAUGAGUGCUACAGAUGGUCUAAUGAGAGGAAUGGAAGUGAUUGACACGAGAGCUCCUCUAAGUGUUCCAGUCGGCGGAGCGACUCUCAGCCGAAUUUUCAACGUUCUUGGAGAGCCUAUUGAUAAUUUGGGUCCUAUAGAUACUCGCACAACAUCUCCUACUCAUGCAUCCGCCCCUGAUUUUAUACAGUUAGAUGCAAAAUUAUCUAUUUUUGAAAUAGGAAUUAAAGUAGUGGAUCUUUUAGCCCCUUAUCGACGUGGAGGAAAAAUAGGACUAUUCGAAGCGGUUGGAGUGGGUAAAACAGUACUCAUUAUAGAAUUGAUCAACAACAUUGCCAAAGCUCAUGCAGGUGUAUCCCUAUUUGGAAGAGUAGGUGAACGUACUCGUGAAGGAAAUGAUAUUUACAUGGAAAUGAAAGAAUCCGGAGUAAUUAAUGAAGAAAAUAUUGCAGAAUCAAAAGUGGCUCUAGUCUACGGUCAGAUGAAUGAACCGUCGGGAGCUCGUAUGAGAGUUGGUUUAACUGCCCUAACUAUGGCGGAAUAUUUUCGAGAUGUUAAUGAACAAGACAUGCUUCUAUUUAUCGACAAUAUCUUCCAUUUCGUUCAAGCGGGAUCCGAAGUAUCCGCGUUACUGGGUAGAAUGUCUUCGGUUGUGGGUUAUCAACCGAAUCUUAGUACUGAAAUGGAUUCCUUACAAGAAAGAAUUACUUCUACCAAGGAAGGGUCCAUAAUUUCUAUUCAAGCUGUUUAUGGUCCUAGAUGCGUACCUGCGGAUGAUUUGACCGAUCCUACUCCUGCCACCACAUUUGCACAUUUGGAUGCUACUACCGUACUAUCAAGAGGAUUAGCUGCCAAAGGUAUCUAUCCAGCAAUAGAUCCUUUAGAUUCAACCUCAACUAUGCUACAACCUCGAAUCAUUGGUGAAGAACAUUAUGAAACUGCACAAAGAAUUUGA